AUGGCUACCACCUCGCACAUGUUCAUGUACUCCUUGACAAUCCAGCCUCCAACUGCGAUCACACAGGCAGUCCUAGGGCAGUUUUCUGGAACCAAGGAGCAACAGGUCAUCACCGCGUCUGGCUCUAAGCUCACUAUUCACCGACCUGACCCGACCCUGGGCAAAGUUACCCCAAUCUUCUCUCAAGAUGUAUUUGGCAUCAUCCGCUCUUUGGCAGUAUUUCGUCUGGCAGGUAGUAACAAAGAUUAUCUGAUCAUCGGCUCUGAUUCGGGUCGCAUCACCAUCGUUGAGUAUGUCCCCUCCCAGAAUCGCUUCAACCGGAUCCAUUUGGAAACAUUUGGCAAAUCCGGGGUUCGCAGAGUCGUUCCAGGACAAUAUCUUGCGGUGGACCCUAAGGGCCGUGCGUGCUUGAUAGCCUCAGUUGAGAAGAAUAAGCUGGUCUAUGUUCUCAACCGAAACUCUCAGGCUGAACUCACAAUCUCGUCGCCCUUGGAAGCCCACAAACCCCAAACAUUGGUGUUUGCUAUGAUUGCCUUGGAUGUUGGAUAUGAUAACCCCAUCUUCGCUGCCCUUGAAGUGGAUUACUCCGAGGCAGACCAAGAUCCCACUGGUCAAGCAUACGAGGAGAUGGAGAAGGUUCUUGUUUACUAUGAAUUGGAUCUGGGUCUCAACCACGUCGUCCGCAAGUGGUCCGAUCCAGUGGACCGCACCGCAAACAUGCUGUUCCAAGUGCCGGGUGGUGCAGAUGGACCCAGUGGUGUUUUGGUCUGUUCCGAGGACAAUAUUACCUACCGCCACUCAAACCAGGAUGCAUUCCGUGUGCCGAUUCCACGUCGCAGCGGCCCCACUGAAAACCCCGAACGGAAGCGAACAAUUGUUUCGGGUGUGAUGCAUAAAAUGCGAGGCGCAUUUUUCUUCCUUCUUCAGACUGAGGAUGGUGACAUCUUUAAGGUAACACUUGAGAUGGUCGAGGAUGAGAAUGGCCAACCGAUCGGUGAAGUCCAAGGCCUGAAAAUAAAAUUCUUUGACACUGUUCCUGUUGCAUCGAGUCUCCUCAUUCUCAAGAGUGGAUUCCUCUAUGUUGCCAGUGAAUCAGGCAACCAUCACUUCUACCAAUUUGAAAAACUUGGUGAUGAUGACGAAGAGAUUGAAUUCAGCAGCGACUCGUUCUCUGCGGAUCCUUCCGCCCCGUACGAACCUGUUUUCUUCCGUCCUCGCCCUGCUGAGAACUUGAAUCUUAUGGAGUCAAUCAACUCACUGAACCCAUUAAUUGACAGCAAGGUUGCCAACCUUACUGAGGAGGAUGCCCCACAAAUUUACUCUGUCUGUGGCACAGGCGCCCGCAGUACAUUCCGGACUCUCAAGCAUGGACUUGAGGUCUCUGAGCUUGUGGACUCGCAGCUCCGUGCCGUGCCUUCUGCGGUCUGGACAACCAAGUUGGCACGAUCCGACAAGUAUGACCGAUACAUUGUACUCUCUUUCACCAAUGGUACCAUCGUUCUGGGAAUUGGUGAGAUAGUAGAGGAAAUCACCGAAGAUUCUGGUUUCCUUUCUACAGCACCAACGCUCGCUGUCCAACAGCUUGGUGAAGACUCACUCAUUCAAGUACACCCUCGAGGUAUCCGCCAUCUCCUCGCGGACCACCGAGUGAAUGAGUGGCCUGCCCCACAGCAUCGUUCUAUUGUGGCUGCUGCUACUAACGAACGUCAAGUCGCUGUCGCCCUUAGCUCUGGCGAGAUUGUCUACUUCGAAAUGGAUGCCGAUGGAUCUUUGGCAGAAUAUGAUGAACGACGCCAAAUGUCUGGCACGGUCACUUGCCUUAGUCUCGGACAGGUUCCCGAGGGCCGUGUACGAAGUUCGUUCCUAGCCGUUGGCUGUGACGAUUCAACUGUUCGCAUCCUCAGCUUGGACACAAAGAACAUGUUGGAAAACAUGUCUGUUCAAGCCCUCACAUCGGCGCCGUCUGCGCUUAACAUCAUGGCCAUGGCUGAUUCCAGCUCCGGUGGCACCACUCUCUACUUGCACAUCGGUCUCUACUCUGGUGUGUACCUUCGUACUGUGCUGGAUGAUGUGACCGGUGAACUCUCAGACACCCGAACACGAUUCCUUGGAGCCAAACCCGUCAAACUGUCACAAGUCUCGGUUCAGGGUCAAACGGCAGUCCUUGCUCUAAGCUCCCGCUCAUGGCUUGGGUACUCCGAUAUUCAAACCAAGAGCUUUAUGCUCACUCCAUUGGACUAUUUCGGCCUCGAGUGGGGCUGGAACUUCUCUAGUGAGCAAUGCUUGGAGGGUAUGGUCGGUAUUCAAGGUCGAAUUCUACGGAUCUUUUCCAUCGAAAAGCUCGACAACAACAUGCUGCAGGAGUCCAUCCCGUUGGCUUACACUCCCCGCCGCUUUGUGAAGCACCCAGACCAGCCUCUUUUCUACGUCAUCGAGUCCGAUAACAACGUUCUAUCCUCCACUACACGCGAAACCCUGACCAAGGAUUCAGAAACUCGCAAUGGCGGCGGCGACGACGCUGCCAGCCUGCCUCCUGCCGAGUUCGGAUAUCCCCGAGGAACUGGUCACUGGGCAUCAUGUAUCCAAGUAGUCGAUCCCAUUUCCGAGAAGGCCGUGGUCUUCAGCCUUGAUCUUGAGGAUAACGAGGCCGCAGUCAGUGUUGCCGUUGCUCCUUUCUCCAGCCAAGAUGAUGAAUCGUUCUUGGUCGUUGGUACUGCCAAGGACAUGGAAGUCAGUCCACCGAAGUCGAAAGGUGGCUUCAUUCACAUUUACCGAUUUUCCGAGGAUGGGCGCAAAUUUGAGCUCAUUCACAAGACAAGCACAGAAGAGCCACCUCUUGCUCUCCUCCCAUUCCAAGGAAAGCUAUUGGCAGGUGUUGGUUCCAUUCUUCGCCUGUACGACCUCGGUGUGAGGCAGUUGCUUCGCAAAUCUCAGGCACCUGUGGUGCCCCAAACCAUUGUUGGUCUCCAAACCCAAGGUAGCCGAAUUGUUGUUAGCGAUGUCCGAGAGAGUGUGACCUAUGUGGUCUACAAACAACAAGAGAAUGUUCUGAUCCCAUUUGUGGAUGAUUCCAUUGCCCGCUGGACUUCCUCCACAACAAUGGUGGAUUAUGAAACCAUUGCUGGAGGUGACAAGUUUGGUAACCUGUGGAUGCUGCGUUGCCCAAGCAAAGUUUCCGAGGAAGCCGAUGAGGAUGGAUCUGGGGCUCACCUAGUUCACGAGCGAGGCUACUUGCAGGGAACUCCCAACCGCCUAGAGCUGAUGGUUCACUACUACACCCAAGACAUCCCGACUAGCCUGCACAAAGCCCAGCUAGUUGCUGGCGGUCGUGACAUUGUCCUUUGGACUGGUUUCCAAGGAACGAUCGGCAUGUUCGUCCCCUUUGCGAGCCGUGAAGACGUUGAUUUCUUCCAAAGUCUGGAGAUGCAGCUGGCUGCGCAGCACCCCCCACUCGCUGGCCGCGACCACCUGAUCUAUCGUGGUUACUAUGCCCCCGUGAAGGGUGUCAUCGAUGGGGAUCUGUGCGAGAUGUAUUUCCUUCUACCCAACAAUACGAAGAUGAUGAUUGCCGCGGAGUUGGAUCGAUCUGUGCGGGAGAUCGAGCGUAAGAUCUCGGACAUGCGAACACGAGUGGCGUAUUAA